CCCUUCCUUUUCACUCUCGCCUGUUUCCCUUCCUUCCUUUCUCUUAACUUUCCCUCUCCUGCUCUCUCUCUCUCACAUCUGGAGGGUAUCUGUGUGUGAGUGACUCCUCGCCUGCUAUGGGACAGCCCGUGUUUGGACUGGACGUCAGACUUCAGUGCGUUUCUGCAAACGUUGGUCAAACAGGUUGGUGAGGCCUGAAGCUUCCGACACAGCAGAGAGCGGGGACAGAAAACCGGCUGUCUUUUGUUGUUGGUCUGGAGAGCUCAGCAGUGGACAUGGCCUUUCCCAAGCAUUCCAUCCUGCAGGCCCUGAGUGUGCUGCUCUUGGCCUGGGUGUUGGUGCAUUGCCAGGCCCCUCUCGAGCCAGAGGAAGAGGAGGAGGAAGAGCCAAUAAAAGAGACCGACAUCGCAACAACGGUGACGAAAUCUGAGCCGCUUGAAUGUCCAUUGGAGUGCAGCUGUACGGCAGAAGGGGCAGUGGACUGCGCUGGAGUCGACCUCACAGAGUUCCCCGCCGAGCUAUCGGACACAACUCGCCAGCUCUCUCUACAGAACAACAAAAUCAAGGAGAUAAGAGUGGAGCACAUUUCCCAUCUGCAUCAGCUCGAGACUCUCAACCUUCAAAACAACUGGCUUACCACAGAUGGCCUUGAAGAUGAAGGUUUUGAGGUGCUUGAAGAGCUGGCUUAUUUGUACUUGGCAAAUAACAAGCUCACCUCAGCACCAAAGGUCCUACCACCCUCUUUGGUUAGUGCUGAUUUUGCUGCUAAUCAGCUUACAAGGAUCUACCAAUAUACGUUUGGCCAUAAACCAAAACUGAGGUCUGUGUAUCUCCAUAACAACAAGCUGACUGACGCAGGGCUUCCUGAUCAUACCUUCAAUGGUUCUGACAACCUGGAGAUUAUCACCAUGUCCAGCAAUUUCCUGCGGGAUGUCCCGAGGAACCUGCCCUCCAGCCUGUACCGUCUUCAUUUGAAGAAUAACAAGCUGGAGAAAAUCCCAGUGGGGGCCUUUGACAACUUGUCAAACCUCAGAGAGCUGUAUCUCCAGAACAACUUCCUCAGCAAUGAGGGCAUGGACAACGAGACUUUCAGCCAACUGAGGAGCCUGGAGUGUCUGGACUUGUCAAAUAACAACCUGAGCGUCGUACCGAAGGGUCUGCCUCGCAAUCUGGUGCUGCUACAUCUGGAGAAGAACUCUAUCCGUAGCAUACCCGGAGACGCCCUUGCUUCUGUCCGAAACCUCGAGUACCUGCUCCUUCACAAUAACAUGCUGCGCUCACGUUCCAUCCACCCGACUGCCUUCCAGGGUUUGAAGAAACUGCACACUCUCCACAUGUACAACAACUUGCUGGAGCGGGUUCCCAGGGGCUUGCCUAAGAGGGCCAAGACCCUAAUGUUGCUUCACAACUUCAUUACUGACAUUAGCCGUAACGACCUGGCCGUGCUGUACACCCUGACAGAGCUCAACCUCAGCUACAACAAGCUGACCAGCCCCAAGGUGCACCGCGAGGCCUUCAGAAAGCUGCGUGUUCUGGAAACCCUCGAUUUGUCUGGAAACAGCCUUCACUCGAUGCCCCUUGGUCUUCCUCGCAGCCUGCAAGUGCUCAAAAUCAAGAACAACCAGCUGAACUCCAUACCGGAUGGUGCACUAACGGGCAUGGAUAAGCUACGAAAGCUCAUCCUGAGUGACAACCAGAUGAAACUGAAUUCAGCCUACCAGGGAGCCUGGAUGGAGCUCAGUGCGCUCACAACACUAGACCUGUCUGGCAACCAGUUGUCACACAUCCCGCCUGACCUGCCUGAGUCUCUGGAGUACCUUUACCUGCAAAGUAACCGCAUCUCCAGUCUUUCUGCUUCAGCAUUUGAAGGCACUCCAAACAUCAAAGGCAUCUUUCUCCGGUUUAACCGCCUGUCUGUGGACUCUGUGGACGAGAGCUCUUUCGCACACCUGUCUAACUUACAAGUGCUGGACAUUGGCACAGGAAACACCAACCUCCCCUUUAAAAGAGAGGAGAUGGAAGAGGAACAGGAAACAUAAAACAUGCUUAACUGACAUUGGACUGCAUUUUGUCAAGGACAGAAACGGUUAAAUGGGAAUGAACCUGUGAAUGUCAUUUCCCAGGUCCAUUAUUGUAUUGUGAUGAGUGGCAGUUUCAUAUUUCUGGUGCAGGAUACCAGAUGAAGUUACUUUAGUUUCCAUUUUUCUGUGCUGUUUAGUAUAGCAUAUCUUUAUAUCUGAGCUUUAAAUAUUUGUUUUGGACUGUUGUUUUAUCAUCUAAUUGUGUUUUUGUGCUUUUAAAAAAAAUAUAUACAUUCAUAUAAUUCAAUGUGAAUUUUCCCAUGUAAAUGUUUCAAAAACAAUACCAAAAAUCGAAGGACACGUUGUUUACAUGAUGUGUCUUUUUCUGCUUUAUGACAUUUUGUUUAUUGAUGCCUUGUCUCCCCGACUUAAAAAGUGAUUUUACCAGAAAUACUGUAAUCUAGAAAUAUUAGCAGUUUCUCAUUAAAACCAAUGAAUAAAACACUGCAACAAGAACUCUAAAACAUAGGGCUGGAAUUCAAUUUCCUUAUAGAUUAUUCUAAUAUAUUCUAUAAAAUGUAAAAAAUGACAAAUGCUCAUCACAAUCCUGAUGUGAUUUCUUUGCUUAAUUUUGUCGGAUCAACAAGCAAAACAUCUAAUUCCAUUUAUUAUAUAAAAAAGAAUGAAGAGCAAAACCUAACAAUUGAGAAGCUUUAACGGAUAGUUUGGAUUUUGAAGUGUGGUUGUAUCAGGUUCUUCUACAUAGUCAGUGUGUUACCUACAGUAGAUGGCAGUCAGCACAGAGAAACAGACAGGAGUACCAGCACAGAAGCUAAGCAAUUUUAGCCACUAAAUAUAAUCAGUGUCACUGUACGCUAUAUUUAGAAUAUUUUCAGCGCUUUUCCUUGCCAUCAGACAGUCCUUUCUGACGAGGUACUGAAUGUUAUCUAAACUCUCUUCAAAGUCUCCAGACUACAUUAAAAAAUGGUAAUUUUACCUGGCAGAACACGGGAGAUGUUGGUCUACCUCUGCCUCGAUCGGUUAGUUAUUUUUAAGUGUUGUUGUCUGACUUUGGUGUUUUAAAGGGUUAGUUCGCAUCCACCAAAGUCACACAAUAACACAAACUAACUAACUGUGUUCUGCAAUGUAAAAUGACUAUUUUUGUCUUGUAGUAAUACACUAACUAUCUAGUUAGUAUCUAAUACAGCUCCACUUCAAUACAUAACAUUCCCUUUAAAAUGUUUAUUAUUUCAAGCACCAUUUUUGAUAUGAUUUAUGUCCUGCAUUUUUUAGCAGUAGCCAUUCACUGUAUUUGCAUUCUGUAAACGAGUUAGUAUGCACAAUAGCAGUUUAAAUGUUUUUUAAACAGUCAGAGUACUCUUAUGGUGGAAUACAAAUUGAGAAUCAACGCUCAAGGGAUUCAUAAAACACGAUAUGUAAAUGUACAGGACGUGAUGCAUAUAUUUCAGUAUUUCCGUGUUGGAUGACAUUGUUUUUUUAUUAAAAGAUUGUAAUGUGA